AUGCAGGGCCCAACCCAACAAAACAUUCUCCUACAUCGUCUUGGCGUGGGAUUCCAAUCCUCCAGCCGGGAAGCCGAGGCUCUCCGCGAGGCUGGUUAUCGAAACCCGGUGGCUGGCGACCUCUGCGGGUUCAACCUGGCAUUCGGCUACAGCGGAACGUAUUGGGACUACAAUCAGCACGUCGACAAGGAGCGUGACGAGAACUUUGAACAAGCCAUGCGGGCUGUUGCCGUCAACAGUCUCUGCGAGACGCCAAACCUGUACCCGUGGGAAACCUUGGCCGCAGACGGAGGUGUCAUAGUUGAGCUUGGCGGCGGCAUGGGUCAGGCCAGCGAAAAGAUCUUGGAGGCCUUCCCAGAUGCAGGUCUCUGCUGUGUUGUUCAGGACAAGCACCUGGUGACUUCUGAGGGCAUGCACAACGGAAGAGCUCUUAGCCUACAGCGGCAUGACUUUUUCGACCCUCAGCCAAUUAGAGGAGCCGCGGCGUACCUCCUUCGCCACACUCUUUACCACUGGGCUGACGAUUCCUGCGUCGAGAUACUCCGCCAGAUUGCCCCCGUCAUGGCCACGCAUAGCCGCAUCUUGAUCUGCGACCAGGUUCUGCAAGACCACUCGCCUUCUCUCGCGUCUGCUCUGUAUGACAUUGACAUGAUGACGCUCUUCAACGGCAAGGCGCGAAGGCUCUCCGAGUUCCGUCAGAUAUUUCAGCAGGCCGACUCGAGGUUUUACGUUCACGACGUAAAGCCGUCGCAGGAAUCCUCGACGACGGUGAUAGACCUCAGAAUCUCGCCCGAUGCGGCGGCUUGA